AUGAGUGAUGAAGACAAGUGGUUCCAGGUUUUGUACGAUGGGGCACAGAUGAGCGAAUUCACAGGAAGUGGCUCGAGGGACGAAGAUGGAGCCAGAGAGGAGUGGGAGACAAGGUCCUAUUCCACAGGAGAGUUGAGGAUCCAGGGGAGGUUGGACACAGAUGAAACCAACUUUUUGGAAGAAUCUCUUCAGACAGUCCUUUCCAAGAAAAGUGGACAAAGGGCAUUGCGGGACUUUUUGAAAUCAGAGUUCUGUGAGGAAAACCUGGAUUUCUGGCUCGCCUGUCAGGAUUUCCAAACGUUUGACCAUCCAGAGGAACGAGCACAGAUGGCAGUAAAAAUUUAUGACGAGUUUAUAAAGGAUGACUCCCCCAAACAGGUAAAUCUGGAUUUCUACACAAAAGAUGAGAUCCGAGAGAACCUCCAACAACCACGUUCAUCAUGCUUUGUUGUGGCUCAGAGGAGAAUAUACAGCCUGAUGGAGAAUGACUCUUUUCCACGCUUCACUCAGACGGAGCAGUAUAAAGUUUUUAUUGAUGCUACUUUUAAACAGAGAGGCUUUAGGAAACACCGGAUGGCUGUGAGGAUAAAGUUACCCAAGGAGGAUUUUGGGGGGAACAUGCUGCAGAGCAGCCUCCUGCUCUUGCAGAAGGACUGA